UCCACUUGAUGUGAAGAGGCCAGACUCCCCUGUCCCCAGCUGUGUGAAAAGGCCAGACUCCCCUGUCGCCAGCUGUGUGAAGAGGUCAGACUCCCCUGUCGGCAGCUGUGUGAAGAGGUCAGACUCCCCUGUCGGCAGCUGUGUGAAGAGAUGUAAGGUGAUUUGUGAGAUACUGCAGGAUCAUAAACACCUUCUGAAAGACAGAUUUCAGUGUUUGACUGAAGGAAUCUCAAGGCAGGGAAACCCCACACUCCUCAAUGAGAUCUACACAGAGCUCUACAUCACAGAGGGGGGCAGUGGAGAGGUCAAUGAAGAACAUGAGGUCAGACAGAUUGAGGCAGCAUCCAAGAGAUCAGAUGCAUAUGACAAACCAAUCAAAUGCAACGACAUCUUUAAACCCUUACCUGGACAAGAAAAGGACAUUCGAGCUGUGCUGACAAAGGGAGUGGCUGGCAUUGGGAAAACGCUCUCUGUGCAGAAGUUCAUUCUGGACUGGGCUGAAGAAAAAGCCAAUCAGGAUGUCCACUUCAUAUUUCCUCUGCCUUUCCGUGAGCUUAACCUAGUGAAGGAGGAACCUCUCAAUUUAGUUGGUCUGAUUAAACGAUUCUUUGGUGACAUCCAUGAUAUCAGCAUUUUCACUGAUGACAAAUGCAAAGUUCUGUUCAUCUUAGAUGGUCUUGAUGAGUGCCGGAUUCCUCUGAAUUUCAACUCCACCUCAAAGUGUUGUGAUGUAACAGAAGCAACCACAGUGUCUGCUUUGCUGACCAACCUCAUCAAGGGGAAUAUGCUGCCCUCUGCCCUCCUGUGGAUCACCUCCAGACCAGCAGCAGCCAAUCAGAUCCCUCCUGAGUGUGUGGACCAGGUGACAGAAGUACGGGGGUUCAAUGACCCCCAGAAGGAGGAGUACUUCAGGAAGAGAGUCAGUGAUGAGGACCUGGCUAGCAGAACCAUUGGCCACCUGAAGUCAUGCAGGAGCCUCUUCAUCAUGUGCCACAUUCCUGUCUUCUGCUGGAUUGCAGCCACUGUGCUAGAGAUAAUGUUUGGAGAAAGAAACACAGGAGAGAUCCCCAAGACUCUCACUCAAAUGUACACACACUUCCUGAUUAUUCAGACACAGACCAAGCAGAAGUACACUGAAAGAAAAGAGACAGAGGAAGGGAUGAUUUUCAAGCUGGGGAAACUUGCUUUUCAGCAGCUGCAGAAGGGCAAUCUGAUUUUCUAUGAGCAGGACCUGAGAGAGUGCGGCAUUGACAUCACAGAGGCAUCAGUGUACUCAGGAGUGUGUACCCAGAUCUUCAAAGAGGAGGCUGGGCUGUACCAGGGGAAGGUGUUCUGCUUUGUGCAUCUCAGCAUUCAGGAGCACCUUGCAGCAUUAUAUGUGCAUCUGACCUUCAUCGUCCACAAGGAAAAUGUUCUUAACCCUGCAACCGCAAGGCCAGCCACCUUUAUGUCUAAGCUUGCUCAAUUCACAUCCCAGAUUGCUCAGAUGUUCUGGGCUGCCCCUGUGUUCGUCUAUGAUCUGCACAAGACAGCAGUAGAUUGGGCCUUACAUAGUCACAACGGUCAUCUAGACCUUUUCCUCCGCUUCCUCAUGGGCCUAUCACUGGAGUACAAUCAGAAUAUCUUGAAAGCUCUGCUACAACAGGGAACCAUCCAAUCACAGAGCACAGAUGACACUGUCCAGUACAUCAAGCAGACGAUCAGGGAGAAUCCCUCAUCAGAGAAAUGCAUGAAUCUGUUCCACUGCCUCAAUGAGCUGAAUGACCAGUCCCUAGUGGAGGAAAUCCAAAGCUACCUGAAGACAUCAGGAGGUCUAAAGGAAGCCAAACUAUCCCCUGCACAGUGGUCAGCUGUGGUGUUUGUGCUACUGACCUCAGAUCAGCAGCUGGAUGAAUUUGACCUGAAUAAAUAUGGAGGAUCAGAGGAAGGUCUGCUGAGGCUGAUGCCUGUGGUCAAGGCCUCAAGAUCAGCAAAGCUGCAGUACUGUGGGCUGACAGGGAAAAGCUGCUCCUCUCUGGCUGCAGCCCUCAGCUCAGGCUCAAGUCUCAGACAGCUGGACCUGAGGGGGAAUAAUCUGCAGGACUCUGGAGUGGCACUUCUUAGUGCUGCAUUAGGAAAUCCACUCUGUCAACUGGAGACACUAGAGCUGGAGAGCUGUAACCUGACAGGGGAAAGCUGCUCCUCUCUGGCUGCAGCCCUCAGCUCAGGCUCAAGUCUCAGACAGCUGGACCUGAGAACCAAUAAUCUGCAGGACUCAGAUGUGGAGCCUCUCUCUGCUCUUCAGAGGAACCCAGAGUGUAAACUACAGACACUAAAUUUCCAGUUGAAAUCUAAAGGCGGGUCUGAGCACGACAGACAGGGCCCAGGGCCAAUCAGUGCACACGUGAGGUAUGGCUCGUCCAAUGAGCAGCAGCAGCAGCAGCAGCAGAGGCUCAUGGGUAGGACAUGGGACAGCGGUGUGCCCUGCAGGCUCCAUGCAGCUCUGCCCACAGGAGGGUUGCCAGAUGAGAUGAUGAUCGUGUGCCCUUUUCUACCCGAUGACCGCCUUCCUAAACGGCCCGAUUUGGCGGGAAACCGUCGGAUCUGUUCUGGCGAGACCGCUCAACUUCUGGGUCUCUAA